AUGACGUCUGGGAGCAUCCGGUUGCUGAGUCGACAGGCAAUUGCACCUAAGUUGAAAAAAGCUGUUUCUGAACGCUUCGAAUCUAAGAAGACAGUCAGUACCUUAACUCACGAAUUAGCACAAGCUCGACAAGGUCAAAGUUCAGUUACCGAAUUUGCUGAUAAAAUAGAAAAGAUUUCCCAUGAAUUAUCAAAGAUUCAGAUUCUUGCUCAAGAUGGUAAUAAUGCAGAAGUAAUUCGGGCACUGAAUGAUGCGACAGCAGCAAGUGCAUUCAAGAAUGGCCUCAAGAAUGAUCUUAAGGUAGUUGUUUUAGCGUCACGCACUCAAACUUUUUCUGAAGCAGUUUCUGUAGCUCAUGAAGCUGAAGCUUCUCUCCCUAAAGAUAUAAAGCAAGUUAACUUUGUAAAAUCAUAUGGUCAGAAAAAACAUUCCAAUAGUAACGGUCAAAGAGGAUAUUCCAAGCGCGGAGGAUACCAAGGACGCGGCAAUUCCAGUAGUCGAGGACACUCUUCUGGUAGUGGAAAUAAUUCGAAUAAUAACAGCCGAAAUAAUAGAGGAAAUUACAAUAAUAGAGGGAACUACCGCGGUCAUGGUAAUCGAGCAAAUUAUCGCGGACGGGGUAAUUUUCAUAACAGCAAUAACUAUCGUGUUUGUAUGAUGCAAGAAAGUCCUGGUGCGUACCAAACGUACGGCUGUUGCCAACAUUUGGGAAACGCUGUGGCCCCUGGUCCAGCGGAGCAACAGCCGGGGGCAAUGAUGCAAAACCAUCGAUUUACUCAGUAA